GCGCUGUAUUUAAAUCCACUGGCGGCUGGGCUCAAAAAUUUAGUUUUCAUCCUGACUCUAGACUGAAAAGUUCUCUCUCACGCUAAGGAGGAAAUCCCUGUGAAAGCACUCAAAAUGAUUGAGACGAAUAACCUGAUCAUUGAGGAGGAGGCGUACUACAAGCCACUUCACUACAUCGACACGCCGUUCGAGAGGGCCACAUUCGGCAUGGGCUGCUUUUGGGGCAUCGACAGCCUGUUCGGGGCCACGCAAGGUGUCCUGAGGACUCGCGUGGGCUACACUGCGGGCACCACCAGCAAUCCCGUGUACAAAGAUAUGGGUGAUCAUACAGAGGUGAUUGAGAUCCACUAUGAUCCCAAGAGGAUUUCCUACGCUCAAUUGCUGGAGUUGUUCUGGAACAAUCACGAGUAUGGCUUGUGCACGAGAAUCAAGCGUCAGUACGCGAGCCUGAUCAUCUAUCACACGGAUGAGCAGAAGAGGAUCGCCGAGGAGAGUUUGCUGAGUGAGAAGGAGAGUCGACUGCCCGAGGUGGUGACCACGGAAAUCCAUCCCUGUGACAUCUUCUAUCCAGCCGAAGAUUAUCAUCAAAAAUAUCGGUUGCAGAGCCACAAAGAGCUCUCCAAGUCAUUGGGAAUGGAUUCCAGACUGCUCCAGACGUCGCACAUCGCGGCCAGGCUCAACGGCUAUCUCGUGGGUGUGGGCGGAGUGGCGCAAUUUGACAAGGAAGUGGGCAAUCUUGGCCUCACCGAGGAUCAGCAGGAGUACGUGAGGAAAUUCGUGGAGGAGAAUGAAGGCGGAGGAUUGUUCUGCUGAACUUCCGCUUAGGUGUUUCAAAGAGAAAUAUGCUUCAUGAGGCCCGUCAGCAGCCAUAUCACGUAUUAUCACAAUCAUUCAACAUUUAGAAGAAGUAUUUUACACUAAGAAAUAUGAGAAUGAGAGAAAGCAAUGGAUUUUUUUCUAAUUGAUCAUGAAGAAGAGAAUAAAUAAA